AUGUACAGAAGAUUAGUCGCAUUCAGCAGAAAGCCAUUGAGGAAAUCAACCGUGGGCGCCUCAUCUGUUCGUCCAUUCUCACAAACAAUCAUCGAAACUUCAAACCCUGUCACCGGUGAACUCCACAUAACCACCAAUUUCACCAACGGUACUCAACCACCCAAGGGAUCAACCAUCUCCUUGAAAUCUGCCAAGAGAGAUGCCACCCAGUUUGGUACUAGACCUAUUUAUCUUGAUGUUCAAGCCACCACACCCACCGACCCUCGUGUUUUGGAUAAGAUGAUGGAAUUCUAUACUGGGUUGUAUGGUAAUCCUCAUUCCUCCACCCACUCCUACGGUUGGGAAACUGAUCGUGAAGUGGAAAAGGCCAGAGAAUACAUUGCUGAUGUCAUUAACGCCGAUCCCAAGGAAAUCAUCUUCACUAGUGGUGCCACCGAAUCAAACAAUAUGGUCAUCAAGGGUGUUCCUAGAUUUUACAAAAAUACCAAAAAACACAUAAUCACCACUCAAACCGAGCAUAAAUGUGUCUUGGACUCUGCUAGACAUAUGCAAGAUGAGGGAUUCGAAGUCACUUAUUUACCUGUUGACUCUCAUGGUUUGAUAAACUUGGACGACUUGAAGAACGCUAUUAGAAAAGACACCGCUUUAGUUUCCAUCAUGGCUGUCAAUAACGAAAUCGGGGUCAUUCAACCAAUCAAGGAAAUUGGGGAAAUCUGUAGAAAGAACAAGAUUUUCUUCCAUACCGAUGCCGCUCAAGCAUUUGGUAAGAUUCCAAUCGAUGUCAAUGAAAUGAAGAUUGAUUUGUUGUCUAUCUCAUCGCACAAGAUCUACGGUCCAAAGGGUAUUGGUGCGGUUUACGUUAGAAGAAGACCUAGAGUAAGAUUGGAACCACUCAUCAACGGUGGUGGUCAAGAAAGAGGGUUGAGAUCCGGUACUUUGGCCCCACCAUUAGUUGCUGGUUUUGGUGAAGCUGCCAGAUUAAUCAAACAAGAAAUGGAAUAUGACCAAAAAUACAUUGAUAGACUUUCCAACAAAUUAAAAUCAGGAUUAUUGGCUAUUCCAUCUACUCAAUUAAACGGUUCCGAAGAUCCAAACUCUCAAUACCCUGGUUGUGUCAAUGUUUCGUUUGCCUACAUUGAAGGUGAAUCCUUAUUGAUGGCCUUGAAAGACAUUGCUUUGUCUUCUGGAUCUGCAUGUACUUCUGCAUCAUUAGAGCCUUCCUAUGUUUUACAUGCUUUGGGAGCCGAUGAUGCGUUAGCCCAUUCGUCAAUCAGAUUUGGGAUUGGAAGAUUUACUACAGAGCAAGAAGUUGAUUAUGUUAUUCAAGCCAUUAACGAACGAGUUGAAUUCUUGAGAAAAAUGUCGCCAUUAUGGGAAAUGGUUCAAGAAGGGAUUGAUUUGAAUAGUAUCGAAUGGAGUGGCCAUUAA